AUUAUUACACUUCAAACUUGAAGCAUGUUUUAAAAAACAGCAGUUCAGUUGAGGCAUGACUUCAGUUGCAGCAUCUGCAUUUGAAUGAUAACUUACUGUGGUGGAACUCUUGAGAGGGCAGGAUGCGGUACAAGAAAUACAUAACUAUUUUAGAAGCAGCUAUAGGUAUUACUCCCCUUAACAAGAGGGAACUGCUUCCUGAGGGUAGACAUGCAAAUCUGUGGCAACAUCCAGGGGAGCAAACUACUCCACUGCCAUCUCCUUGUGAGUGGGACUGGGAGCACAGCUGUACAUCAAGCCUAAAGCAUAUCAGAACAAGUAGACAGAGGCACUCAAAAAUCACCAUUCCUCACAAGGCCCCAGGCAUGGAAGAGCUGAUAUGGGAACAGUACACUGUGACCUUACAAAAGGAUUCAAAACGAGGAUUUGGGAUUGCAGUUUCUGGCGGCAGAGAUAAUCCUCACUUUGAAAAUGGUGAAACAUCAAUAGUCAUUUCAGAUGUUCUCCCAGGUGGUCCAGCAGAUGGAUUACUUCAAGAAAAUGACCGUGUGGUCAUGGUUAAUGGAACCCCAAUGGAAAAUGUUCCACAUUCUUUUGCAGUCCAACAGCUUCGGAAAAGUGGAAAAGUGGCCACCAUUGUAGUGAAAAGACCAAGGAAAGUGCAGGCUGCUGCAUUGAAGAGAAGCCCCUCCCUUGACUAUGAGGACAGAGCUUUAGAUGUAAUGGAUGACCAUGCAGAAUUUGAUGGCAAAAGUGCUCAAAGUGUCUAUAGUGACAGAAGCUGGCAUAGCGGUAAUGGAGGGCACAGCCAAAGCUGGGGAAACACCCUGGAUCAGAGCUAUAGAGAUGAACAAGACAGAGGGCGUAACCAAAGCAGAGACCGUGAUCAGGAAUGCACCUACAGCCGUGAUCGAAGUCGUGGUAGGAGCAUUGACAGGAGCUUGGAUCGAGAUUAUAGAAGAGAUCAGAGCAGGGGAAGGAGCACUGACAGGGAUGGUGGGUAUGAACGGAACUACAGAGGAGACUGUAGCCCACCCCGUUAUAGGCAUGGAUCUCAACCUGAUCCUAGAUACAGCAGGGAAGCGAGGAGUCGAAGUCAGGACAGACUUCAUUCCCGAAGUCCUUCGCCUGAAAUGCACCAUCAGCAUGAAUACCUAGGACCACAGGAGCAGAAUGGACCAAUCGGUGUUCUCUUAACAAAAGGCAGACAUAAUGAAGUCUCCACCUUUGCCUUCUGCAACUCGGGUGGUAUGGCUGGAGCACUUGCUGGUGAAGACUGCGGCAAAAACGUUGUUGAGUACCUCUACCUUCUCCAUAUCCCAGAAUGCUUUGCUGGUCUCUUUACAGACAUUUCGGAAAUAGAGUCAAACAGAUCAUUCUCCCCUCAAGAUGACAGAUUACAUCAUUCUGAUCUAGAUUCACAUUCAUCCAAUGAAAAGCUGAAAGAGAAACCGAAUGCAAAAGAUGAUCCAUCUAGUAGGAUGUCCAGAAUGGGAGCAAUGCCUACACCAUUCACAUCAACCGGUGACAUUGCUACUUCUGCUGUUACAGUUGUAGAGACAAACAAAGAACUGAAGUAUCAAGAUGACCCAGCAGUGUCUCAACCAAAAGCAGUUACAAGAACAAUUCUUAAACCCAGCCCUGAGGAUGAAGCAAUAUAUGGUCCUAAUACAAAAAUGGUGAGAUUCAAGAAAGGGGACAGCGUGGGUCUACGACUGGCUGGUGGAAAUGAUGUAGGGAUAUUUAUUGCUGGAAUUCAAGAAGGCACUUCAGCUGAUCAGGAGGGACUGCAGGAGGGAGAUCAGAUUCUUAAGGUAAACACUCAAGACUUCAGAGGCAUUGUUCGGGAAGAUGCUGUUUUAUAUCUCUUAGAAAUUCCCAAAGGUGAAACAGUGACAAUUUUGGCUCAAAGCAAAUAUGAAGUCUACAGAGAUAUUAUGGCCUGUGGCAGAGGAGAUUCAUUCUUCAUCAGGAGCCACUUUGAGUGUGAAAAAGAGUCACCACAGAGCUUAGCAUUCACCAGAGGGGAGAUCUUUAGAGUAGUUGAUACACUGUAUGAUGGCAAACUGGGAAACUGGCUGGCUGUGAGAAUUGGAAAUGAACUGGAAAAGGGCCUCAUUCCAAACAAAAGCAGAGCUGAGCAGAUGGCCAGUGUUCAGAAUGCCCAAAAAGAUGGUUCAAGCGAUAGGGCAGACUUCUGGAGAACACGUGGCCAGCGAUCUGGGGUGAAGAAAAAUCUGAGGAAGAGUCGUGAAGAUCUGACAGCUAUUGUAUCUGUGAGCACAAAAUUCCCAGCUUAUGAGCGAGUUCAGUUGCGUGAGGCUGGUUUUAAGAGACCUGUGGUAAUAUUUGGCCCUCUUGCAGACGUCGCUAUGGAGAAGUUGUCAAAUGAUUUGCCUCACCUGUACCAGACAGCAAAGACAGAACCCAAAGAUGCAGGUUCAGAAAAAUCAACUGGGGUAGUGCGCUUGAACACUGUGAGGCAAAUCAUUGAGCAGGAUAAACAUGCUCUGUUGGAUGUGACUCCUAAAGCGGUGGACCUGCUAAAUUAUACUCAGUGGUUUCCAAUUGUGGUGUUCUUUAACCCAGACAGUAAGCAGGGUGUGAAAACCAUGAGACAAAGGCUAUGUUCCACAUCUAACAAGAGCUCGAGAAAACUGUAUGAGCAAGCAAACAAACUGAAGAAAACUUGUUCCCACCUCUUUACAGCCACCAUCAAUUUGAAUUCAGCCAAUGAUAGCUGGUAUGGUAGUCUGAAAGAUACAAUUCAGCAACAGCAAGGAGAAGCUGUAUGGGUAUCAGAAGGAAAGAUGGAUGGCAUGGAAGAUGAUGCAGAUGAUCGUAUGUCUUACCUUACUGCAAUGGGUGCUGACUAUUUGAGUUGUGACAGUCGGCUAAUCAGUGACCUGGAGGAUACAGAUGGAGAAGGAGGUGCAUACACUGACAAUGAACUUGAUGAGCCCUUGGAUGAACCAAGGAUUUCAUCUGUUAGCCGGUCCUCUGAACCUGUGCAUCAUGAAGAGAGUUUAAAAAAAUUUAGUUCCGAACCAAGGGCUCAGUUGAGAAAAGCUGGUAGCAGGGAGAUCCUUAGAGAACCAAGUCCACCUCCAGCAUUCAAGCCUGAACCACCUAAGGGAAAGUUACAAAACAAAGAAGAUCUAUAUGACUUUUUCAAGAACUAUGACUCCAAAUCAAGUAAUAUUGCUGUCAGUAGUGAGACUUCAACCAUAUCAGCUAAAGCAGCACCGCCACCUGUUUCAGUGAAACCUGCCUUUGGGCGUCCUGUCCUGAGAAGCUCUCAGCCAGCAGUCCCACCUGCGGAGGAGGAGGAGGAGGCAAAGUUGGAAGAGGAAGGAAGCGAACAAGAAAAUACUCCAAAAUCUGUAUUGAGGAAAGUGAAAAUAUUUGAGGAGAUGGAUCAUAAGGCAAGGAUGCAAAGAAUGCAAGAGCUACAAGAGGCCCAGAAUGCCAGGCUUGAAAUAGCCCAGAAGCACCCAGAUAUUUAUGCUGUCCCUGUCAAAACACAGAAGUCAGAACAGAACUGGCCCCAGCCUAUGAGCUCCAGACCUCCAGAACCCCAGAAACCUCCAAUUAAACCUUACCUAGAGAACCAUGGCAGUUACGGCAGCGAUGCAGAGGAGGAGGAAUACCGGCGUCAGCUAUCAGACCGCUCUAAGAAGGGCUAUUAUGGACAUCCAUCCAGAUACAGAGACACAGAACUGUAGGCUUGCUAGUAUGCACAUGUUUAAUGUUCUUUGGAAGUUUCUUCCCUCACAGGGAAAGUGACGCAGUAGUUAGCCUUGAAAAGCUCUGUUUUUAUUGGGGGUGGUGUUAGAGAGUACACUACUCAACUUAGACAUAUCUAUACACUCGAACUGGAAGAGUUCAUUUUUGGGGAUAUUAUUUUGUUAGCAUAUAAGAAAAGAAAUCACUACUGCCUGAAUGCUGUUGCCUGUUUUAAUGCGGACCAAAUCCUGAAAGUUUGUGUUAAUUCUUGGUAUUUUCCUGUUGACAUAAACCCCCCUUUUCCCCUUUUUAUUAAUGCUGCCUUUUUGGACUGUUCUGCUGUGUUAUGAAAUUAUGAUCGCAGAGAUACACUUCUUAAUGCAAUAGAACUAAAUUUGAAAGUGUAUUUGAAGACAGUAAGUGCCUUUAACAAGAAGCAUCUUAAACUGAUUUGACAUCUCGUACUUGGUGAAAAGCCAUAACACGCUAAAAGGGGAUUGACUCUUUUACCUAUCUUUUUUUUUUUCACUUCCAUGGUAAUAAUUUCCCUUUCAUGUUCUAAGUUCAUAGAUGCAUAUGCAAUAUUUCAUAAAUACUGACUGUACGUAAUAAAGGUGCAAUUAACUGGCAUGUUUGAAAAGAGGGGGAUGUGCUUAAGCAGAUAAAAUGAUGUAGAAAUUCCAUCAUGUAUUAAAAUUUAAAAUAAUAAAGAAUGCACUCUAGGCAAA